GGGGGGGGGGGGGGUGGAAUCGACGUCGCCUUCGCCGCUGCGCAGGCGCACAGCGGGACCCGGCGCGGGCCUCCCUCCCUCCCCGCCGGUGCGGUUUAUUUUGGGUCGGUGAGGGCAGUCGAUCGUCUCGCUCCGCCGCCGCCGCCGACCGUCCCUUUCCCGGAAUAAAUUGGCAACAAGUGCGCACUUGCUUUUCCUGUGCUCGACGCACUCGUCCACUCUCCCGGUGGCUCGCUUGCUUGUGCGCUCCGACCCAACAAGCGGCACCAUCAGCAGCACCAGGAGCGGCGGCGGCGGCGGCGGCGCGUGUUCACGGUCCGGGAUCUUAACGCGGGACUCGAAUCCAUCUCCACGAGGCACGCGUCCUGCAGGAGUGUCCGUGCUGAGCCGUGUGCCCCUCGUCCUCUCGUGGCUCUUCUCGUCGUCUCGCUGCACAAUCGGGUCCUAGAGGGGGCCCCCCCUCAAUACUCCUGACCGCGCAGGGCCCCCCCCUCCACUCACCCCUACCCCCCCCCCCCACAACCAGAGGAGCGUUGUGCGCCCUGCGGGUCUUAGCGCGUCGCAUGCAUGAGCGGAGGACGCUUCGAUUUUGACGAUGGCGGGGCGUUCUGUGGUGGCUGGGAGAGCGGCAAAGCUCACGGCCACGGGGUGUGCACGGGGCCGCAGGGCCAGGGCCGCUACGCCGGCUCGUGGAGCCACGGCUUCGAGGUGGCCGGCGUGUACACGUGGCCCAGCGGCAACACGUACGCGGGCCACUGGGCCGAUGGCAAGCGCCACGGCCUCGGCGUGGAAAGCAAGGGCCGCUGGAUUUACCGCGGCGAGUGGACGCACGGAGUGAAGGGCCGCUACGGCGUGCGCAUGAGCCAGAGCAGCGUGGCCCGCUACGAAGGCAUCUGGAGUAACGGCCUACAGGACGGAUAUGGCAUCGAGACGUACACGGAUGGAGGCACCUACCAGGGCCAGUGGGCGGGCGGCAUGCGGCACGGCUACGGCGUGCGCAACAGUGUGCCGUAUGGGCUGGCCUCGGUGGUGCGUUCGCCGCUGCGCACCUCGCUCUCCUCCCUGCGCAGUGAGCAGACCAACGGCUCCAUCGUGGGUCCGGUCGGCGGGGGAGCUGGCGGCUCUCUGCGCAGCGGGGAUGAUGCCGGCUCGGCCGUGGGCUCACGGGGUGGCUUUGUGCUCACCGGCGUCCACCACAGCGACAGCGAGCAGCAGGGGGGCAAGGCCGGUGGCAAGCGUGGUGGUGGAGGCCUCUUCCGACGUGGCUCACUGCUCGGCAGCCUCAAGUUCCGCCGGAGCGACUCGAAGGCCUCGCUGUCGAGCGAGCGGAGUAAGCGCAGCUCGUUCCGCAGCGAGGCCGGGAUGAGCGCCAUCAGCUCGGCUGCCAGCGACGGCACGUCGCUUGCCGUGAGCCUCGGCGAGCCUGAGACGGAGCUCUUCGACUCGGAGGUGGAGGCCAACACCACGGAGACGUACACGGGCGAGUGGAAGGGCGACAAGCGCAGCGGCUUCGGCGUGAGCCAGAGGUCGGACGGCCUGCGCUACGAGGGCGAGUGGCUCGCCAACCGCCGCAACGGCUACGGCCGCACCAGCUACCCGGACGGCCGCUCCGAGGAGGGCAAGUACCGGCAGGGCACGUUGACGCGGGGCAAGCGGCGCAGCCUUGUGCCGCUCAGGGCCAGCAAGACGCGGGCCAAGGUGGAGCGCGCCGUCGAGGCGGCGCAGCGGGGCGCCACCGUCGCCAAACAGAAGGCCGAGAUCGCCAUCUCCAGGGCCGCGCACGCGCGUGUGAAGGCGGAGGCCGCGGACAUGGCAUCGCAGACAGCCCAUGAGGCCUCCAGCAUCGCCCUGGAGCUCGCCGCCGAGCUAUCUCCGGGCUUCCUGUGCCAGGGGCGCAAGGGGGACGAGGACGAGGACGAGGACGAGUACGAGCUGGAAGACGACGACGCUCCGGUGGAGAGGCCCGCCAGCACCGAGCUCUACCGCAAGGGCACAACACCGCCUCCCAAUCAGAGCCCCGCGGGCAGCCUCGGCCCCACGCCGCCCCCGAGCCCGCGCUCGCGCUCUGCGCAUGCCAACCCGCCCGCCAUCACGGCAGCCGCCAGGGGCGCCGGCCGUGGCGUGCUCAAGCCCGAGCCGGAGCGGUUUGGUGCGAGGAGGGCGGUGAACGCCGACGGGCCCGGUGUGCCAAACGGGAAGCAGGGAGCGCGCGGGAGGACGACUGACGUCGCGCCGGCGAAAGGCUUAGCAGGCCAGAGUGAAGGCGGCGGCGGUGGUGGCAGCCGUCGGGAGCCACGGACGCGCUACCAGAUCGAGAUGAAGCCCCUCCGUCGGAGGGACGGCCUGCAGCACCGAGCCUCGGAGCGGCGCCAGAAGGAGGAGGUGGUCUCGGGCUACCACGGCUAUGCCAUCUGCCACUCGCCCACCGCGCAGACAGACAUCCGGCGGCAGAACCAGGUUGGCGACAACGGCCACCACGAUGGCAAGGUGGCGCCCGUGGGGGGCAACCCCGGCUCUGACAAGGGCUCCAACCCAGGCCCCAUGCAGCAGCAGAGCAACGCCAGGACGGCGCCCAACCCCAACUGGAAGGGCGGUGGAGAGGUUGAUGUGGUGGAAACCGUGGAGGUGGUGGAGUUCGUGGAUGAGGGCAUGAGCUCCAGCUCAGUGCUGGUUGCCAUGGUGAUGCUGCUGGUCCUGGGCUUUGCCGUUCUCUUCGUGCACAUCCUCACCUGACGCCCGCCACCCUGUGCAGCAGCAUCGCCUGCGAGACUGCCGACCAGAACCGCAGCUACGUUUGAGCCACCAUGGAUGGUUUUGCCACACCGCCACCACCAUCGCCGCUGCCACGGCCACCACCAUCCUCCCCAGUCCCUCCUCUCUCCCCCCCAUUAACGGCCGGUAGCCGCCACCUUGGUACUCGGAACAACAACAACAACCGCCGUCGCCGUUACCCCUGGCCCCAGCGUCCCGCAUGCCGCCCGCCAGCGAGCGGCUCGAGGAGGCUGGGUGAGGUGCGACCGCCCUCCACGGUGGUAGUGGUGGCAAAUCGCCACAGCGAGGUGGCCGUGGCAAGCGGGCCCCGUCGCAGGCACGUGGCGGCGGUCGGGAGGGGGGAAGGUCACUGAGGAGCGAUCAGAGAAUCACCGCCUAUUUGCGACCGACCAAGCGGUGUCUGGUACCGACCAACGUAGAGGCGCGAUCGCUACAGGCGCGAUCGCACGGUACGGUCGUGCGAGACGCUUGUUUGGCUGGCGUGAGCGAGUGAGCGUGCGAUUCCCAAGAUGUGUUGUUGGCCGAACGACGGCACACUCGCGAUGUGUCGCACCGCAGAGGGGCAGAGUGAGGAGUGAUUUGGGGCAGGGAAGGGCACAAGAAGUGCAGAAGAGCUGAUGGUGCAGGCCCUGUUGGACAUUUAUGAAGCCAUGAAACCCGUCCCGUGUGAGCGAGCGGGCGAGCGGGCGGCAGCAAUAGUGCAUGUUCUGUACCAGCAGCUGUGGGAGGACCUCACGGUGGGAGGGACCGGUGCAUGCAUUUCUGUUCAAAAUUUUUAAAAAGAGAAAAAAAUAUAUAUAUAGAUUUGUUGAAAAAUGUGAACGCUUGGAGCCGAUUUAUUUUUGUUUAGUACUUGCAACAUGGCUGGUAACCGCUAGUUGUUUGCUGCAUGUUGCAUUCGUCAGUCGCUUGCACCAGCAAAACAUAUUGUUUUGCUUGACUAUCGCAUUACUUUUUGGAAAAAAAUUAAUACUUUUUUUUUCCCGCCGCUUAAACCCAAUGUUGCGAUUUAUUUCCCCCAUAUUUUCUUAAACAAAUGUACACUUUAUCCCAUGAAAGAUAACCAAUGUGGAUUCCCAAAAAAAUAUAUAAGCAUUUUCUGUCAUUUGCCUUGUUAUUCUAUUUAUAUAUUAUUUCCUUUGUCGGUAUUUGCGACAUCUUUGUGCUCUCUCAACGCUUCCUCUCCAUCGUGGGGCCGACAGCGUCGCAAUACUGCGGCCCGAGUUUGUGGAGGAUAUGAGACGCCCUUGAGCUUUCUGCCUGGAACUUCCCUCAACAUGGGUCAAGUUCAGCUUGAGAUUAAACCUUAACGAUUUUGAGAUUAAUUCUGGUUGCCUAUUCUCCUGCAUUUUUCAAUUCUCCCUCCUCCUCUUUCACCCUCAUUUUGCUCCUGCUCCUCUGAGCAAUCGGGCUGUCCAGCCUCGAUGUACCGGCCAUCGCCAUACGUACAGCAGCAGCAGGAGAAUCUGACUGUCUCUGUUGGAGCAGAGGUAGAGGGCAAUUGUUCUUGGUCCAGUGGUGGCAGUGGCAACAGCGGUUUCCAUUGUGCCGCUUCUCGGGGUUGGUGGGCACCCUGGGGAUCGCUGUGGGGGUUGUGACUGUGCAGAGAUGGUCGGUUCUAGAGGUCAGGCCUGUUUUGGCCACCUAGCCCCCGUGAAUGUAGCCCAAAGCCCAGAGCCCAGGGUAGGGCGAGCACGCGUUUGGAGACGGCACGACGGUGAAUGUGAACGCGCCAGGCGGCCGCAGCCGACGCCAUAGUCACGGCCAUCCCCGGUGAGGUCAAGGGGUCGUGCCGCCCCACGGCGGUGGCGUUUGUGUCACGGCGAGGGGUGGCAGUAUGGGGUGCGGCGAGGCGGUUGCCGCCGCCGGGUUGAUGUGCGCAGCUCGUGACCGGGGCAGCAAUGUUUUGCACGAGCGAGAUUGAGAAACAAAUAAUUCAAGGGCUUUGUGUUUCAGCUCUUUCUCUGUAGAAACGCGAAGUCGUGGAAAGUAAAGGUUUUAACGUCUUACAAGAGAGUACUUCCGAACAGGUUUUUAAAAACACAUUUUUGUAAGAUAAUGUGCGUUGUGAAUUUGCUUGCCUAUAACAUAGAGCUCGUUAAACAGUGACGUUUUUUGCCUUUUUCAGUGACGAUAAACGCUAAGACCAAGGCGAUCUGGUUGAAUCAAGGGCUAAGAAGGAAUAUCACGAGCGUUUUGUAGAUUUAGAGUUCGUUGUAUCAGCAGCUUCUCGAUGCUAUCUAACUGAGAUCCUGCAGAACAGAUACGGCUUCGUGACACUCUGCCAUGAAAUGCGGUUUCUGUAAGUACCUUUUUAAAAACAAAACUCCAAUCUACUUUUGCAACUCGUCUCCACUGUGUUGCCCGAGGCUACUUUUCAUACAAGUUAUAAUUCCCAUUAGCCAGGACACUUCCUCGGAAGAGAUGCCACUCUCCUGCAUCAUAUUUCUCGUCCGCACGUAGCUCUUAUGCAGGCCUUUUUGGCCGCGUUUAAAUUUUUUCUCUCCGAGUUGAGCGACGUUUGCUGGGACUGUUUCAUUAUCGCGGAUGACCGAAACCCUCACCCUUACCCUCUUCCUUGCCACGCAGUUUUCUGUGAAUAUUUUAUGUUACUCACCCGUUUUUUGGGCCUUGGAAUGUAGGAUACUCGGUUUAUUAUUUUUGUUUUAACGUGAGUUCCGCGUUCCGUUCCCGGUGCCUGCCUGCACACACGGUCACUUUCAGAAACAGAACUGGCCUGGAGAUGCUGGGCAGGGCCUUGCCUUGUUGGCUUUGAUCUAACGCAGAGAGUGGCCAGUGCUCCUUGGCGUGCCUGGUUGGUGUACUUUACUCUGAAAGAGAUUACAUGGGCGAGCUUCAUUUGCAGCUGUGGGCUCGUGUCUCCCAGAUGUUUUGUGGAAAUUCAGCCUGCAUAGUCAUCAUCAGUGUGGAUUUGUGCGCAGCUGUAUCUCUGGCUGAGAUUUGGCGCAAGUUGUCUGAGUGGGCCUUUUUUGGGACGUGUGUAAAGUGGCCGUACGGGGUGUCAUGUAAACCAAGGGGCUCAGACAGUUAUUGUCCUGAAAAUGAUUUUUUGGAAGAGGAUUUUGAAAGCGUUUCUCAUUGAGCCCUGCCUCUUGAGUGCACUUCACGUUUAGCGCGUAGGGCACUGCAGCUGGGUUUUGAAUCGAAUCUAUUUGAAUGUUAAUAAAUAGAUUGUUUCAGCAGUGAAUAUGUAGUGUUCGUUAUUCCACAUAGAAGUGGCAAUUUAAAGGAAUCAUCAGUUGCUUGGGAAAUUAUUGAGCUUUGCAACAAACAAAAACUGAAAGAUCAAGAUAACAAACACGAUCUUGUAUUGGCAGUUGGCAGUGAAAACAUUGAAUAAUUAUUUUUAGACAGAUUUUAUUUUGGUAAUGCAGCUGCCAAAUAAACGCAACCAGAGAAACGCAGAUUGUUAGGUCAUGCACAUCGUGCAUUUACAUUUGUAAAUAGAUUUCAAAAAGUCGCAGUGAAAAUCUACACCAGCUGUGAACAGAACCAAAAGCCUUUAUACCCCCUCGAGUCAAAGG